AUGACCAGCCAUCCUCCAGACCUCCGACCUUGGAGGAGCGCGCUGACCUCGAACAGCGACGCCGUCAUUCUCGACCUUACUCCCGGAGCAGCCCAGCCUGUCCUCGCUACCCACAAAGCUCCCACAACAGCCGACGUCACUUCUGGCAUCCAAGCUGCCAUCAAGACUACCCUCGAAAAGGCCAAUGUCGACAAGAGUCGAAUCCAGGCUGUCGCCAUAGGGACCACAUCUUUCGUCAAUAGCCUUGUCGAGCGAGAUGCCUCCAAGCUGGAAAAAGUGGCUGUGAUACGACUCUCUGGACCUUUCAGUAGACUGGCUCCGCCUUUCGUGUCUUUUCCUUACGAGCUUCGACAUGUGUUAGAGGGACCUAUAUUCUUUGCUCAAGGCGGACUGCAGGUCGAUGGAAGCGAGAUCACGACUGUGGACCCUUUAGAAAUUAGAGCUAUCUGCGCAGAGAUCAAAAGGCAGGGGAUCGUGAGCGUCGCUGUGUCUGGGUGCUACUCCCCGAUAGACAGGGAGAUACGGCAGGAAGAGCUGGUGCGGGAGAUCCUCUUGGAUGAGGUCCCUGGCAUCAAAGUGUGCAUUAGCAAGGAGGUUGCAAAUAUCGGGCUGUUACAGCGAGAGAAUGCCACCAUCCUCAACGCCGCUCUGCUUUCCUUCGCUAAGCUUACGGUGGCAGGAUUCCAAGAGUCGACAAGAGCCCUCAAUCUUUCGUGUCCCCUGUUUCUGACUUCGAAUGACGGUACCCUUAUGACUUGCGAGCAGGCCGCAAAAUUCCCCAUCAAAACGUUUUCCAGCGGACCCACAAAUUCUAUGAGAGGAGCCAACUUUCUGGCCACCUUGGGCUCAAAGGCGAAGAGGAAGGAGACGGCGCUAGUGGUGGAUGUUGGCGGUACGACGACGGAGAUUGGUGUGCUCUUACCUUCAGGUUUCCCUCGUCAGGCCGCUUCAUACCACGAGCUCUGUGGCGUCCCUCUCAACUUUUCCAUGCCCCACGUCUACUCUAUGGGUCUUGGCGGAGGAUCAAGGGUCCGCAAGGAUGCCUCCGGCAAAACCACCAUCGGUCCUGACUCUGUGGGAUACAGAAUACAUGAGCAAGGUCUCAUCUUUGGGGGUGAUGUCCUCACCACCACUGACAUCGCCGUCGCUGCCGGAACUUCGGUCACCAUCGGUAACCCAGAGCUCGUCAAAAAGAUCGCCCAAGACGAUAUCGAGGCUGCCCAGGGGAGGAUCAAGUCCAUGUUGGAAACAGCCGUGGACAGCAUGAAGACAUCCACUGCCGACGUACCCAUAUAUCUCGUCGGCGGUGGUGCUAUCCUAGUCCCAGAUGAGCUCAGGGGUGUCAGCAAAGUCCACCGCUUUCCCUUCUACGAUGCUGCCAAUGCCGUGGGCGCCGCUUGUGCUCAGAUCUCUGGAGUUAUCGACACGUUCGAAGACACUUCUACAAUGUCUUUGAGUGAGGUACAGAGAAUUGUUGAGCAGAGGGCUAUCGACAAGGCUGUCGCUGCUGGUGCGGAUCCAGAGAGUACCGUGGUUGUCGAGAGCGAGGCUAUCCCAAUCGCUUACGUGACUGGUCGCUGCAGAUUCUAUGUCAAAGCUGCAGGCGAAUGGAAAGGCUCUUCAGCCUCGGCGGCUGACGAUGCCGCUUUCGAAGACCCCAAAUUCGACUUUACCUGGGACAAAAAGACACCUGUAUCUCCCGUCCAAGCUGGAAACGCUGACCGUCAAAUCCCAGCCGAGGACAUCGUCCGCUCCACCUCCGAGCUCGUGGAAUACAAGCCAAAAGUCAUCAACGGCGAAUGGUUCCUCUCCGAGAUCGACAUUGAGUGGAUUGCCACGGGGUGUUAUAUCCUUGGUACGGGUGGCGGAGGCAACCCGCGUCAUGUCUACCUUGCGUUGAGAGAGAUGAUGCGUGCCGGCUCGGAAGUCCGGGUGAUUGAUCUCGAAAGUCUGGACCCCAGUGAAGUCGUUUCGUACGGGGGCAAUAUCGGUUCGCCCGAGGUUGCCGCUGAGAAGCUCAUGUCUGACGGGGCAUCCAGAACUAUUCGAGCUCUGUUAGACUUCAUGAAGCUCGACAAUCUUGGCGCUCUUGCUGCUCUUGAGAUUGGGGGUGGUAACGGUAUGGUCAACAUGGUCUCUGGCGCCUCCAACUAUCUCAACGUUCCAAUCAUUGAUGGCGACUUCAUGGGACGAGCAUACCCCACCGGCUGGCAGACAACCGUGAACGUGUAUGCCGAGGAUGAUACUGGUUCUCUAGUCCUUCCCACCGCUAUGAGCAGUGGGGAUGGCACCACCAUUUUUAUGACCACAGCCAAGCACUACAAGGAUAUCGACCGCGUCCUCCGUGGUGCUUGUAUUGAGAUGGGCACCAGCGCGUCGGUCGCAGCCCGCCCUCUCUCCAAAAACGAACUCAUAACGCCCCUCAUCCGUAAUACUGUCUCGCAAUCUUGGCGUAUUGGUAGAGCAGUUGCGUUAGCCAACAGGCAAGCCCAAAUAGGAAAUAUCGGAAACAUCCUUGUGGACGUUCUUGGAGGACCCAAGUCAGCGAAAGUGUUGUUUGAGGGCAAGAUUCAUUCUGUGGGUCGCAGGUUGUACAAAGGGCAUAGUUAUGGAGAGAUCGAGAUACACGCAUUGGCUGGGGACGAUGAAGAUGAGACAGGCCCGAAGAAGGAAAGGUUUAGAGGGGUGAUGAAGAUCCCAUUCAAAAAUGAGAAUCUGCUCGCAGAGACAACACUCGAUGGAAAGACAGAGGUUGUGGCCGGUGUCCCCGACCUGAUAUCCGUCCUCGAUGCCCAGAACGGUACCGCCCUCGGGACACCCGAGUACAAGUACGGUCUUCGAGUCAUCGUCAUCGGUAUCACCGCUGCUCCUCAAUGGACUGAUACUCCCCGCGGUCUCGAGCUUGGUGCCCUUCCAGCGUUUGGCUAUGACUUACCGUACAAGCCUUUGGGAGAGUACGUGAAGCCGAGAAGUGUUGUAGAGGAGUUUGAUACCACAAUCUAG